CCCGGCUCGUAAUGACUUUCCUUGUAUUGUAGUGUUCCUGGUGGCAGGCUAGAAUGCACAAUGCAAAAUAUUGCAGAAAACUUUCUUAAUACAUGUCCAUCUAGAGAUUAUAAAGGCGUUGAGGAUAAGCUUGAUACCUUUAUUGUUUUUAGUAAAAGAAGACGGGUUAUAUCAUAUACUAAGAGGAAAAGAAGGCAUGCAGACAAAUCUUUACUACUUUACACCAAAAUCCGGAUGGUUCGAUCGCUGUUGGAUAUCUUCAGAAAUGCUCAUGAUCUUCUGUCUCAGUCUGAUAUUAAACUUCCCGAGAUUGGAAGCAAUGACAAGUAUCUAAAUUCUGGACCACCAUUUCUUACUCUUUUGUACCCUGCGAGUGUUUGCUUAGUGAAAGGAUUUCUGCUGCUUAAUUUAGUAUUUUUGUUGUCUUUCAGAGGAUGUGCUUUAGCCUACCUCUUUAUGAUAUGCUUUUGCUUUACUAGAAAACUGGAAGUGCUCUGCUUGUACUAA